AAGUACUGCAGGGCUCCAAACUGCCCCAACACUGCGGGCCAAGUAGGCGCAGACUACCAGCCUGCGAGCGUCUACCAGUUCCCACUGAAGGAUGGUCCCAGGCUGCAAGCCUGGCUGUGGCACAUGAGCCGUGAACACUGGGUACCCAGCUGCCACCAAUACUUGAGUAGUGAGCAUUUCACACUCUCCUGCUUCCAGUGGCGAAGGGGAGUUCACUACCUACUGCCUGAUGCAGUGCCCUCCAUCUUCUGCAGGGUAUCAACUGAAGUGAGGAGCCAGACAAGAACUAGAAGCACCCAGAAGCCUGGGCAGGAGGUUUCAUCUGUGUGCCUGGAGCCCAGCAGCAUGGCGUCUGGCCCAGUGCAUUUCCUGGUACUGGGACCCACAUCAGGAGACCCCGAGACUGUGACCACCAUGCUGCUGACCCUGCCCCUCCCACUUCCUUCCACAGGGCCAGGGCCUGGAGUCUCUGACCAGCACCCACAGGCUGGGUUGGAGGCUACUCUUGGGGCACUGCAACAGAUAGUUCACAGGUUGCAGAGGCACCAGGAGUGACACCAGGCACAGCUGCAAGCUUUGGAACAGCUGGCACAGCAGCUGCAUGGGGAGAGCCUGCUGGCCUGUACACAAGGGUCCAUUGUGUUGGGCGAAUGCCCCUGGGACACUGCAGUUUCUGCUUUAAACCAGGGUCCAGUGUCUGAAGAAGCUCUCAUGCCUUUGGGGUUGUGGGAGUUGUCCGUGCCAGACCGAAGCUUACUGAAAACUGCUAUGAUCAUGAUGCUGCUUUGGUGGCGUUCUCCAGAUAUAAAAGCACAGAGUCCUAACUUUCACCAAAGCGGAUUCACCAUCAUCUGUGGAAGGCCUGACAUAGCUGUGACCCUUGCCCAAGGCCAUACACCUGCCAUCCUGGAUGCUAAGCCCAAGCCCCUGGACACUCAGAUGCCCCAUGCGUAA